CAGAUUCUCAAACGUUAUUGAAGGUGUGUAUGUGUGCUACAGAUGCUGGACGCACCCAUUGGCCUAGAAAUUCUGCUUCCGAAACCUCACUGAAGUUCUCACGCAGAAUGCCCAAAACCUUCUUUGCCGUCACUGCAGCUGCCACAGGCGUCAUAACCCUGGUCUUUGUCGUUAUCAUCAUCUACUUGGUGAACGAUAUCAAUGACUUCUACGAUGAAAUCAUUUGGGAGCUUUCAGAAUUUAACGGUCUGGCCGAGUCAGCAUGGCAUGAGAUGCAACCAUCUUACCUUGCACGAAAGAGAAGAAGUGGUCUUUCCAUACAAAAGGCCAGAAUACCUCGUCAAUGGCCAGCACACUGCGCUUGCGCAUUGGUAUCAAUGGGUUGCCCAAUUGGUCCACCUGGUCCACCGGGGAUGCCUGGGCUCGAUGGAUUGAAUGCCCCACCAGGUUUGCCUGGUAGACGUGGAAACGAUGGAAUCACUAUAAGUGGUGGUGGUGGAGCUGGCGGAUGCAUAGCGUGCCCGGCGGGACCUCCCGGACCUGCGGGACCUGAUGGACCCGCGGGAUUGCCUGGACCCAUCGGAAUGCCUGGACAAAGAGGAGCAGGAGGAGGUAUGGGCCCACCAGGACCAGCCGGACCUACAGGGGAUCCCGGACCUGGUGGAAAACCUGGAAAUGCAGGAGCACCAGGUAUGCCAGGUAUCCCUGGACAGCGCAUAAUCGGCCCACCGGGUCCGGCUGGAAUGCCGGGUUUGGUGGGACCGCCCGGUCCACCUGGGCCAGGUGGACCGUAUGGUGUAGAACCAUCGCCUGGUCCGCCAGGACCCAUGGGGCCACCGGGAAGGACCGGGCCACGAGGGCCAGAUGGAAUAAGUGGACCUCCUGGAUCUUCUGGUAUGAAAGGCGGUGACGGUCACUACUGUCCCUGCCCUCCACGCUUGUUCAAACAAAGAAACAUUGGCAGAUAUCGAAAAAGACGAUUUCUUAGCACACUGAAAAAGGAGGCUGUUGCUUCUAUUCGCUCAACCAAAAAAAAUCGCAGUUCUCGCAGCAAUAGAAGGCCAAUAAAGUUCACAAAUUAG